UAUGCUUCACGCCUUCAAUUAAACUUGAUACAACUGUCAUCAUUUACAGAUUAUCAUUUUCCAGCCUUUUUAGACCAGCGUUUUUCUGUCUCAAUUCUGAACCUCAUUCUUGAGAGAAGCUUUACUUGACGAAGCAGUGCAGUGUGUGUAUUUACGUUCGCGCCUAAUCUAUUGUCUUUGAUACUUUGAAAGAAAACUUUUAAGGAGUGGAAUACAGAAAAUAUGGAGUUUAAUAUUUUGUUUGUCUAUGCCAUGGCGUGCAUCGCUUACGUCCAUUCGUUAGGAACUAAUGAAGUAUUGAAUUAUCUUUCUAAAUACAACUAUUUCGCAUCAAAUGAUCUGUCGAGUGGCCAUCUUAGAAGUCAGAGUUCUCUCAACGAUGCUAUUAGGCUAUUUCAGAGAAUAAAUGGACUGAAUGAAACAGGAAUUAUCGACGAAAACGUUCAACGAUUGAUGCAAAUGCCCCGAUGCGGUUUGCCGGAUAACACCGGUUCCCAAGCCAUAAACCGAGCACGACGCUACGCACUAUCCGACAACAAGUGGUACAAGAAAGACUUGACAUGGAAACUUGAGAAUACUACACCGGAUCUAACGAGGCAACGUGUACAAGCGAUCAUUGCCAGAGCACUCAAGCAUUGGUCCGACGCAUCCCAGCUAACCUUUCGCGAGGUGCAAUCCGGUGACGCCGACCUCGUCAUCAAGUUCACCAGGGGCGAUCACGGGGACGGCAAUCCCUUCGACGGCCCCGGGAACGUCUUGGCGCAUGCUUUCUUCCCCACAACCGAUCGCAGGUACAGCAUCUCCGGCGAUGCCCAUUUCGACGAGGAUGAGAGGUACACCGAAAACACUGAUUUAGGCACCAACCUCUUCCAGGUCGCAGUUCACGAAUUUGGUCACAGUCUCGGUCUUGGCCACUCCAACUCUCCCGAUGCCAUCAUGGCCGCUAUCUACCGCGGAUACGUGCCGAAUGCAAAGCUACACAAUGAUGACAUCGCUGGGAUACAGGCCCUCUACGGUGCAAACUCUGGUACACCGGAAGUUGAAGGAACGGAAGGACCCAAAGCCACAGGGAGCUGUGUUGCUAACUUUGUCGCGGCUGCUCAGACUCUGUCAGCUGGAUCUUUUAUAUUCAACGACACUCACGCAUUUUUGAUGGAUAUUUACGGGUUGGUGACUGAUCCCGAGCCUAUAUCAAGCGUCUUCCAAGGUCUUCCAACAAAUCUAGAUGCUGCCUUCUAUUACGAGAACACCGGAAAAACGUACUUCUUCAAGGGAUCUUUGUAUUGGCGGUUUACGGAUUUACAAAUGGACCGCGGAUAUCCAAAUAGAAUCCGUGUCGGAUUCGGAGGUGGAGUACCCGAUGACAUAGAUGCAGCCUUUGUAUGGAGUGGAAAUGGAAUGACUUAUUUUGUCAAAGGUGCGAACUAUUACCGGUACAACUUCCGAACAUCCUCGGUCGAUCCCGGAUACCCGAAACCAUUAUCCGUCUGGAACGGAAUCGGCACCAAGGUCGACGCAGCCUUCCAGUUCGAAAACAAACUGACCUACUUCUUCACGGAUGGAGAAUACCGCCGGUUCGACGACAACAACUUCAAGGUCGCAACCAACUAUCCGCAGCGUUCGACCCGGUGGCUGAAAUGCGAAGAGAUGGCCAUUGUAGCGUCACCUGGCCCGACAACGAAAGGAAACAUGACCUCCGAUGAUGGGAACGAUGGGUCAAGUGCUUCGAAGGAAGGGGUCAGCAUUCUUGUUCUCUGCGCAUGCGUAGUUUUAACUAUAAUGCGGCUAUAAAUCAAUAGCAAUUAUAGAUAUUAUAGACAUAUUUAAAGACAUGUUUUUUCUUUGAUUCUUCAUACCGGGGUUUGGAGGACUAGGUAAGUCUACGCCUUCAUUCUUCUCAUCUCCAGUAUUAAUACAUGAAAGAGAAGUAAGCAAGUACUGAGAAAACACUCAUUUUCAAAUAUGACUGCAACGAAAGAUUCUUGAAAAUAUAUGGAAGUACUACAGUAUAUUUGUGCCUUGUCUUAUUAUCAUGGAUUUUCAGCUAUUUUGGUUCUUGCCUUAAAUAAUUGUUAUAAUCAUCAUAAUGACGCUAUUUUAUUUAUUAUUCGAAAUAGAUGAUGAUCAGACAAUUGUAUGAAGCAGAAAAUGUGCUCACAAUAUUUGAUGAUUGCCUUAAGUGAAAUGGAAAGACAAAAGUAGGGAUGGUACUUGGAAGCGAUCGGGAUCGCUUUUCUUAUUCGAUGCUUUAAAGAAAUAGACCAAAUUCGUACUAAAUGGUAGGGCCGUAGCAGGGCCCGAAACGCUAUCAUGAGCUUACUAGAAAUUCGAAAUGUAUACAUCUAAGUUGGUAUAAUUAUGCAAAUGAUAGGCCUAUGUGCUGCCAAAAUAUCAAUCUAUAUGUAUAG